GUUUUGACUUCCGCACGCCGUCUCGGGAAGCCUCGGGAAGCCUCGGGAAGCCUCGGGAUGGACGCCGCUUUCUCGAUCUUUGCCUCCAAGCUCUCUGGGGAAGGCCAAAACAUCGAGGGCCUGGUUCCCAGCACGCUGUUCAAGGAGCUGAAGGAGAGAAUCUGCCAAAGCCUCAAUUUGCACACCUACGACACCCAGGUCUUCUUCAAGCAGCGAGUCUUGGAGCAGGCGGACGAGGGCCAACAGAUCGGUGACCUCGGCAUGGGGGAAGGCGCUGAGCUGGAGGUGGUGACUUGCAGCUUCUGCCGGGCGCUGCCGGGGCGUUGGGAGCCCGCUGUCGAGGACUACUCCGCGUGGAUGAGGCGCAUGACCAUCGCGGAGGAUGGCACCUUCACUUGCCAGAGCGGAGACAUCACCGAUGGCCUGGUGCGUUUGGUCUCCGCGCAAGAGAGGAAGGUGAACUUGAAGAGGACCUGUCACGAUGCCAACGACCAUGUCUUCGUGCUAGAUGAGGACGGCACGAGAAUGCGGGGGCAUUGCAUCCAAAGCGGCAGCACCUACACGCUCACGAAGCAAUAGGCGGUAGUGCCGCAAGGGCCGCCCUGGCGUGUCUGGGGUUUCUCAUAAUGAGAAACCUCCCGAUUUUCAUAAAUAUUGUUAAAUCUUUAUUGCAUGUGAU